AUGCCUGAUUCAGAUUGUAAACCAAAUGAAAAUAAAACAAUUAGAUUAUCACAUGAUGCAAUUUCAUAUUUAGAUCAUAUUUGUAGAAUUAAACAUUUAGAAAUUAACUUGAAUGAAAAUUCUGAUGAUUUAGUUGAUUGUAAUUAUACUAACCAUUUGAUUACUCAAUUGUUUGGCAAUGAUAAUAGUAACUUAAUUAUUCACAAUAAAAAUAAAAGAUGGUUAAGAAAAAAAAGAAUAGAAAAUAUUGAUUUGAAUCAAAAUAAUUUAAAAGAUAUUGGCUAUGCUAAUGUUUUGCAAAAUAAUCCUUUAGAAAUAGAUGGAUUCUUAAUUAUUUUUUCAGAUCAGAAAUUAUAUAUUGGAAAAUUAUUAGUUAUGUAUGAAAAUAUUGGUAGAAAACACAAUUACAUUUCACGUAGUAUAAAUAAUAUAGACAUUUUAUCUUAUAUUUCAUUAACGUUAUUCAUUAAUGUAUAUAAUGAAUCUCUUUUUACUAAUAAUUGUCAUGCUGGUGGAAAAUUAUUUGCAUAUAUAACUCCUAAAGAAGUGGUUUAUUAUCUUGAAAAAAGUGAUUCAAUUACUUUUUAA